AUGUCGCCGCCCGCAAACAAGAGAAGAACCAGGGCAGACGCUGCCGAGGAAGCUCAAGCCGCUGCGCCCGACGCAACCACAGAACAGUCCAAGGAAAAAGCCCCUUCACCAGUGCCAGAAACCACCGAAAAGGACAAGGAAGCACCAUCCACUUCUGAUGCUGCCUCCAAGACGCAAGAUCGCUUGGUGCGCUUCAAGGCGCUCCAGGCCCGCGCGAAAAGCUCCUCCGAAACCAACAUGAAAGAAGUCACGCGCGAGUCGCAGCGCCUGGCUGAGGACCCGGCCCAGCUCACGGCCCUGCGGCGGCGGCACGACAUCGCGGCGUACAAGCUGCUCAAGGCCGACGCCGAGGACGCGGGCGAGGACUUUGAGCGCAAGCGCGCGUGGGACUGGACCGUCGACGAGAGCGAGCGCUGGGAUAAGCGGCUGAAGAAGAAGGCCGCGCACCGCGACAACAACGCCUUCCAGGACUACCAGGCCGAGAGCAACAAUGUCUACAAGCGCCAGCUCAAGAACCUCGACGUCGACCUCGAGGCGUACACGAAGCAGAAGUUGGCGGCGAUCGAGAAGGCCGCCGCGGCGGGCAGCCUGGAGAUUGUCGAGACGGAGGACGGCGAGAUGCUGGCCGUGGACAAGGACGGGACGUUCUACGCGACGGCCGACUCGACGUCGUUUGCGCAGAACAAGCCCGACAAGGCGGCGGUGGACCGCCUUGUGGCCGACAUCAACAGGGCCGAGGCGCAGAGCCUGAAGAAGAGAAGGGAGCGCCAGGCCAAGAAUGGCGACGACGGGGACAGCACGUACAUCAACGAGAAGAACAAGCAGUUCAACCAAAAGCUGGCGCGCUUCUACGACAAGUACACGUCUGAUAUCCGCGACAGCUUUGAACGCGGGACCAUGAUUUAG